UGAUCUUCCUGCGCAGGUGUUUAGAAUAAAGGCGAUUUGGAUGGCAAAUCUGCAGCCCUUUUGGCUUCCAAGGAUUUGGGGGCUAUCCGCACAUUUGCGGGAUUCAAAGAGUCAUGCGAAGCGGAGGUGGUGAACUUGAGGAGCACAUGGCCCUUGCUGGAGAAUUUGAAGGUCCUCCGGAGGACUUGAGCCAGCAGCUGGUUGUCAAGAGCACUUUUCUUGACGUCACGGAUGGCCUCAGUACCAUGCAGCGCUUCAUGCGGCUCCGGCGUGCGAAGUCGGAUCCGACCCUUGGAUGGACUUUCAAGUUAAGCCAUCAGGAACUAACCGAUGAAGCUGAAGAGGAUCGAGCAGUAACGUUGGCAGCGGCCACAGAGGCCGCGGAAUCCGAGGAUUCCGAAAUUCCGGAGCCGCAAGGGCGGACGACGGUGUGCUUGCGAAAUGUGCCCAAUAACUACACCAGGCAGAUGCUGUUGGAGCUGUUGGAAGAGCAAGGGCUCUCUGGACACUUCGACUUUUUAUAUUUGCCUUGCGACUUUCACCGACAUGCAAAUCUGGGCUAUGCUUUUGUGAACCUUGUGGAUGAAGCCAGCGUCAUGCUCUUCUGGAGAAUCUUAGAUGGCUUCACUGGCUGGGCUUUGCCCACUGCGAAGGUGGGAAAAGUUAGCUUUAGCGGACCUCAUCAGGGUCUUCUAGCUCACAUUGAGCGCUAUCGGAACAGCCCAGUCAUGCAUAAGAGCGUACCAGACGAGUACAAGCCCAUGAUCUUUGCCAGUGGAGAGCCGCAACCUUUCCCUUCAGCCACUCGAAAAAUCAAGCGCCCAGCUCCCGCCAAACGCAGAUGAGGCGGCUUUUUCUGCAAGACCUAUGUACAGCUCGGGGCUGUCUCAGCGUUUGUUCAAUUUGGAUUCUGGCCAAAGACUUCAGUGAUUACCGUCUCCACAAGGAUCUUCCAUGAGCCAGCCGGAGCUAAGUGGUUUCGCUGAUUUUUUCCACCGCGCAGCUGUUGCCAUGUUUAGUGAAUUUUGU